CUUUAGGGGAACUCUGCGAGAUCAAGUUUGGGAAAUCGCAUCCUGUCUGCAGUUUGGUGGUCUCUUUGCCUUUGUGGUUGCCAAAAUCUCUAAGCCCGGGAUGGGCCGAGAGCUCCAGAGACUCUCUUACCUUGGGGUGUUCUUCGGCCUCUCCGUCUUCGCUGAGGAUGACCCUAGAGUUGUCGAAAAAUAUUUCUCGGGGCCUACCAUUACUUUGGAAAACACGCGGGUCGUUAGCCAGUCAUUGCAACAUUACCUGGAAUCUGCCAGGCAAGAGUUAUUCAAGAUCCUGCACAGUAUUCUGCUCAACGGAGAAACGCGGGAAGCUGCUCUCAGCUAUAUGGCAGCCGUGGUCAAUGCCAACGUUAAAAAGGCACAAAUGCAGGCGGACGAUCGGCUGGUGUCUACGGAUGGCUUCAUGCUGAACUUCCUGUGGGUGCUGCAGCAGCUGAGCACAAAAAUCAAACUCGAGACGGUCGAUCCGUCCUACAUCUUCCAUCCUCGGUGUCGAAUCAUGGUGCCUGCGGACGAAACGCGAGUCAAAGCCACCUUGGAGGAUGUCAGCAGCUGGAUGGUUGAGCUGUCCAGGGAUCAGUCUCUCUUCUCUGAGCCAAAAUUCCCAACGGAAUGUUUCUUCCUGACCCUCCAUGCCCACCACCUCUCCAUCUUACCGAGUUGCCGUCGAUACAUCCGUCGACUCAGAGCCAUCCGGGAGCUGAACAGGUUACCAAAAAUAAUAAUAAUUUAA